AUGCUUCCAACUCUUGGUCAUUGUGAAGAUCCACAAUGUAUUGAAUCAACAUCUCAUGAUUUAGUACGUUUAUUUCGUUGUUCAAUACAUUGUGAUCGUAAUUUAUGUUUAUUUCAUUUAAAUGCACAUAAUGUUUAUUAUGAAGAAGAAAAAAAACAAAAUGAUAUUGUUAUAUGUGAAUUACAAAAAUGUUUAAAUUUAUAUCAAACAAUAUUUGAUCAACAAAUACUUUCAUAUCGUGACCUUGUACGUCAAGCAUCAACAAUUUUAUUACAUAAUACAUCAACACUUAUUCCUAUUGAUCAAAUUCGAUCUGUUAUAGAUAAAAUUCAAGAAGCUGUUGCAAUUUUUCAAGGAGAAAAAAUUGUUAUUAAAUGUGAACCAAUGUUUGAUACAAAUGAUAGUGAAAAUGAAAAAAAUAAAACUGAAAAUAAUAAUAAUAAUAUCCCUGUUGAAAUGAAUCAAAAAGUUGUUCUACGUAUACCACGAAUUGAUUGUAAUAAAACUAAUAUUCAACCUGAAAAUGAAAAUCAAUUAGAUCAUGAUGAUAGUAUAAUUAGAUUUAAAGAUAAUGAACCCGAACAAAGUAUUCAAUCACCUUUGGUAGCAAAAAAAGUAGUGGACGGAAUGAAAAAGAAGUCUUUAUCACUCAAACGAAUACAUAAAUGA